AUGGAAGUCGGCGAAAGAAAAUAUUUUCCAAAUCUUCCGUUUGGUGAAUAUAGAUUAAAAUUCUUAGGAGCGUUUAUUUGUAAUGAAAGCAUAAAUUAUCCCAUUUCUUAUAACUACCAUCUAUCACGGAUUUCUAAAACCAAAACGGUCUUAACGGGCAAACUAAUCCAAAGAAUCCCAUUUGACGACUCCUUAAACCUCCACAUAAGCGCGGCAGUAUUAGAUAAUAUUGGCGGUUGGAAGUCAAAUGCGUUCAUUCACAGACGACCUAAUGCAUGUCUUAGCCUCAAGAAUAUUAUGGGAGAAGCUUGGAUACCAUUUUUACAAAGCUUUAACGAAUCAAUAUCCGGUUGUCCAGUGAAACCAGGCAAUUAUACAUUGAAUGGGUUUGAUUUGUCUCUACUAGAAAAGUCUAAUUUCCCUAAACAAUAUUUUUAUGGAACUUACAAGUUAAAAAUACAAGCCACAGACAAAAAGGAUGAUCCUGAUAGUUGCUUAUUCAUAGUUUCAGAGGUUGUAAGACCGUGGGAGUAUAAUGUAUAA